UAUUUAAAACGUCGAAUAGGAAAUAUCAAGAUAAUAUGACUUGCGUUGUAAUAUAUUCUAAAAACCGAGCUUGCACAAAAGUCCUGGGCCUCGUAUUAUAAUAAUAAUUCGUCGAACGGUCGUUCGGAACUAUUAACGGCCGCGGACAAAAGGAUCGAAAAAAACGAGACGUCGAGUCUUUGUGUCGGUUGUCGUGUUUUCUAUUUUUAUGCGCACGAACACUUUUCGCCGUGCCGCGGUCGUGUGAUUUGCGUUAACGCGUAAUAUUCGGAAAAGAGAGAAAACCAUUGCUGGACUUUAGGGCUGACGCAGGGGAACGGAGUACCCCAACUAAUUUUCAGAAAUUUUAGCUACUAUUAUAACGCUUAACAAGUUUUGGGGACUCUCUUUUUUUGAGUAAACAAAGUCCUUCUGCUUUAAUUUUGCCAAGUCGAGAACUUCUCAGAAAACCGUUUUUGACCGUUCGCGCGGCAUGAACGCGACGCUGUUGGUACGUCCUUGACGGCGAAGAGGACGUUGGGAGACAACGGCCGUUGUCCGGUCGCGGAGGAACGAGCGCGCGCGCCAGCAGCAUCAGCCGGAUAGAGGAAGAACGAGGCACGCGGCCGCCGCGGACAAAAGACGAGCGCGGCAAACGCGAUAAAGAUUGUGUGUGCGGGCAGUGGGGAGGAGGGUGUACGUGACGGACGGCCGGGAGUGCGACGGCGGGACAACACACGGGCACGUUGUACCGAACGUACACGCGGCGGCGCGCGAUCCGUAUUGCGUACGCGGAUACGAUUUUUCAAACGGACGUGUGAAGAACGCCGGCUUAUCGAUCCGUACACGCUCCGCCCAAGCGCCGCGGCAGGGGGACGCAUCUGUUCACACGCCACCACGCGUUCACACGCCACGCGUUACCACGUCACGGGUUUCGGGAUGGCGUGUUAACCCGUCUUUCGGUUUCUUUAACUUUUCAACCGGCCUUGCUGCUGCGAUCGUGUUUAGCGACGCCACGAUUUUUCCACAGCGGUUUCGGAAAAACGUGCUACGGGAAAUCACGUAUUUUCAUUCCGAACUCUCGACGUUCCACAAUGUCGUCCCCCGCGUGCAGCGAAGAACGAUUAAUCGAAAACGUACGUGCGCGCACUUCCUUGUACGAUAUUUUUUCGGUCGACUAUAAAGAUCAGAACGUCCGCAAAGCGGCGUGGCGAGAGAUCGGAGAAGUUUUGCAAAUGCCAGCUGAAAAGUGUAAGUCAGAUUGGACCAAAUUAAGAAAUUGUUUUCUAAAUUCGAUUCGUAGACGCCGGAAUAAAACAACUGCCAAUCAUAUUCCUCCAUGGAAAUUUUCGCAACAAAUGGAAUUUCUUCUGCCUUUUUUAGAGAACCGAGAUAACAUAGAAGUUCAUAAUGAAGAUGAAAGUUCAAAAGUAAUGUCGGAUAUGGAAAACGACACCUCAAAUAGCUUACCAGAAACACAGGAAGACCAGCCAGCUAAUUAUGAACUAAAUGACGACACUGCACAGAAAGGCUCAAUGAAAAGAAAAAAAUCCAACUGUAAUGAGGAAAUGGUAGAAAUAAUGAGAUCAAACGCAACCUUCAAAAGGGAGAAGUAUGAGAAAAACAAUUAUAAUAUGAAUCAAGUUGAACUUUUUUAUUUAAGCAUGGCUAAAAUAGCAAUGAGCUUACCGAAAGCCAAAGAAGCGAAACUUCGUAUGGAAGUUUGCAACAAAGUAUCUGAGGCAGAGUUAGCUCAUUUAUUGGAAGUUGAAACUACUUGUAUUAGACAACAAGAAUCAAAUCAAAAUUAAAUAAAAACAAAAUGUUAUUAGUGUUAUGGAAAUUAUAUAUUUAUU